CUGCCCAUGCAACCGGCCUGUACGAAAAUACAGGAAGCCCCGCCAUUUCCUGGUGAAGCAAGCCGACAUCUGGUGUUGACCAGGCUGCUAAGUAUAGGGCCCGCCGCAUAUAGUAGUGCAUUUUUGUUCCUUAGCUCUUCCGAAAUAAUACAACGCCUUAUAUAUCUAAUCUGCCAGCAUUGAAAAACGUGUCGCAUUUUUAACAUAAGAUGGUCUAUUGGUUGGUGUCUCUGCAGCUGCAUAACAAGAGGAAAGAUGCAGUCUGGGAGUUAUUACAGGAGAGGACUAGCGCAUCUAUGCUCUGCACUAACUUCAAGCUAGAUAUUCCAGGGUUGCGCGUUGGCACCCUUGAUUCUCUUAUGGCUCUCAGCGACGAGCUCAGCAAGAGCUCUACUAUGAUUGAGGCGGUCCUUGCGAAGGUCAAGCGCCAGGUUAAUGAAUCAGGUGGAGCAAAGGCCAUGGCGGCCCUCACAGUAGAGGGUGUUUCCACGGACUUGUACGUGCAGCGAUUCCAUUGGGACGAUGCCAAGUUUCCGACAAGGCGACUUCUGAAGGAUAUGGUUGAUAAAAUAACCGAAUUGGUCAGUCGGAUUGAUGACGACUUAAAGGUUAAAGUGAGCGAGCUUAACAAUCUUAAGAGCCAGAUGAGUCAAGUGACACGUAAGGCGCAAGGCAGUCUUGCAGUCCGUGACGUUGCAACGGUCGUCAAACCUCAUCAUAUCAUCGAUACGGAGCACUUAGCGACUGUUUUUGUCGUUGUUUCCAAGUUCGCCUUGAGGGACUGGGAGGAUAGCUACACAAAGAUGGCCAAUUUCGUUGUGCCCAGAUCGUCAACAACUGUUGCCGAGGAUAAUGAUUACGCGCUCGUGACCGUUGUGCUUUUUAAGCGGGUAAUUGAUGACUUCAAGGCGGCUGCCCGGACUAAGGGAUAUCAGGUCAGGGAGUACAACCCUCCUGCAGAAGGCGCGGAGCUGUCAUUGGCGCAGAUCGAGCAGCUGAAGCACGAUAUGGAGCAGAAGAAAACUGACGUGGAGCAAUGGUGCAAGACGGCUUACAGCGAGGUUUUCAGCUGCUACAUGCAUAUGCUCGUAGUGCAGCUCUUCGUCGAGAGCAUUCUGCGGUACGGGCUUCCGCCCAACUUCCAGGCGGCUGUCGUGCGGCCACAGGACAAAGCCGAGGGCAGGCUGCGGGCAGAAUUGGAGGCUACGUUCGGCAGUGGGAAGACACAUUACUGGAGGGAUGAUGGGUCCAGCCUGGGGGCUGGCCUGGUUGGCGACGCGGAAUUACAUCCAUAUGUAUCCCUCACCGUCAAUAUGGACUUAGCAGCGGGGUACGCAUAAUGGAGUACCCACAGGUACAGAUGAUUCUCCAUGGCAUGCCAGGAGCUUGGUUUCGGUGUAUGCACGUAGCUAGGAACUUGUUCCAUGCAUCUAUUAUAUUAUGGAGAUUGACGGAACAGCUCGGCAUUACCCCCAGACCGCUAUUGUCACAGGUCGAAAGUGGAUGGUUGUGUACGCUAUGGUAUGCAUUCCAACCUGUGUAUGCACCUCUUGCCAGGAAAGCGCAAACUUGACACAAACGGGCUGGAGAAUGGGUUUUAGGGCUUGUAAACCCUUAGUAACAUUCGUGCAUAUGCUAUUUGUGGCAUGCAUAUUAUAGACGAAUAAUGUCCGGAAUGAACUCUGCAUUGUAGGUGAUUGAUCUGUGAUGAACAAGUAUGUGUGUGUGUGUGUUACAUGGUUGGGGGUGCGUGACCCCAUACCUGUAAAACUACCCAUACGAGCCGAAGGCCCAAGGGCAAUAUCUGUACGCCUAAAAGCCACGGAGAACAGGAAACACCGCAC